AUGAAGGCAAUUGAUAAUGGAAAUGUCGGCAUGAUUUUCCUUGAUGCGCCUGGUGGAACUGGAAAGACAUUCCUCAUAUCAUUGAUUUUGGCUGCAGUUCGUGCAAAAUCAGAAAUUGCUGUAGCAGUUGCUUCUUCUGGAAUAGCGGCAACGAUGUUGAAAGGUUACCGAACCGCUCAUUCUGCAUUAAAAUUGCCAUUAAAACUGCAAGCGGUUGAAGAUCCGAAAUGUAACAUAGCGAAACAUUCCGCAAUGGCCAAAGUUUUGGUAGCAAGCAAAAUCAUUAUCUGGGACGAAUGCACAAUGUCGCAUAAACGCGCGUUAGAAGCUCUGAAUCGCACUAUGAAAGAUCUGCGUAAUGACGCAAGACAUUUUGGGGGUGCAUUGAUUUUASUCUCAGUCGAUUUCCGGCAAACACUACCAGUAAUACCACGAUCGACCGCUGCCGAUGAGAUCAAUGCUUGCCUCAAAUCAUCACCAUUGUGGCGUUAUGUGUGGAAACUCCAGCUGACGACAAACAUGCGAGUUGCAUUGCUAAAGGAUUCAUCUGUCAAACUGUUCUCCAAUCAACUGCUAACUAUCGGUAAUGGUCAUGUUCCUGUCGACGCAUCGAAUAGAUUCAUUUCGUUCCCGCCAAAUUUUUGCAAUUUCAUCUCAACGAAAGAGGAGCUCAUCAACAAAGUGUUUCCGAACAUCAUUGCUAACCACAAAAACUACGAUUGGUUGAACGAAAGAAUAAUUUUAGGAUGUGGAUCACUUAAACAUCAAAAUUCAAAAUCAAAUCGAUGGGACACUGUUUUCCUUCAAAUCUAUCGACUGUUUAACAAAUGA